CACUUUUUGGAUGUCUCUGGGAUAAACAGCGGCGCCUUCGGCUUGCAUGCAACGUCGUCUUUUUUUUUCUUUGGGGAGACGUAAAAAAGCCUCAGACACUUUAACUGUAAAGGGCGUCUGUCCGUCCUGUUGCACAAGCGAGGCGGACCCGCGUCUUGUUCAUGACUUUGUUUCCUCGUUUCUGAGCCUUCCCUCCUGAAACUCCGUGAGGACAGCAGCUAGAUCGCCAGUUUUUGCGCUGCAUCGACAGCUGGCGCGUUUAACGCUUUUCGCUUCUGUUCGACGCUUCGCUGCUCCUCUCUUUCUGUCUGCUCUGUACUAUAGCAUCGUUUGCCUUCCCGCAUUUCUCUAAGUUGGAAAGAAAAAGCUUUUCCGCGACGGUUUCUGUUUCCGCGAGUGCAUUGCAUGCGCCGCGGACACCGGGUGUGUGUCGGGGACGGUGCGUUGAGGUCGAAUUCUACGGUGUGUUUUCGCCUUUUUGUCCUCCAAACGCGAGCAUCUACGUCUUCACAUCACGCUUCUCCGGGUCGUCAUCUGUCCACCAUUGCUGCUUUUCCCGAACCAACGCCGUCUUUCGAACGCAUAUGCUGACGACGACGCAGACGCACAAUCUGCUUCGUACGUCCCUGGUUUAUCCGCGGAAUUCCACAUUUUUCUCAACUCAGUCUCCGAACAAAGAUCGGUUCUCUUCGGCCUCUCUGGGCAGGCGGCUGUGCGUCGCGGCGGCGCUCUUUCGUCGCGCUUUAAUAGUCACUUCGAGUGGAUCGAGCAGCCCGGCGCCGCCGACUGUUGUCUGUUCCUUCACGAAGAUGGCCGCACGGUAUCUGAGGAUUUUUCUCCUUUCUUCUUGUCGCGGAAACCAAGUAAUCAAGACGCCUUCCCUCAGCGGGUGUCAGCGCUCCCGAAUUCCUUGCUUUUUCUUCUGCGGUUAGUGACCCCGGACACGGCCGUCUGUCAUCUGCUCUCUUCCUGUCGAUCUGCUUCUCAACUUCUCUUCCAUUCUUCACUCUGGAACUCUCCCCCUUUUCCACUUGCUACGUCUUCCUUCUCUUGUCGAAGGUUCCCUCGGAUUGCUCGGAGAAAAACACCCUCAGGCGAUCUCGAACUUCUCUUUCUUUUCAAAUCUUUUCCCCUCUCGCUGCGGCCACAAUGGCUACGCGACUCCAAGGUCAGCUCAGCGGCGCGGCGGAUCCUCACUCGCUGGAGUCCGGCCGGCUUUUUGUGGGAGGAACUUUGGAUGAAACGGUUCGCGAAACUCUCACCCGCGAUUUGAAGAGUAUUGGCGACAAACUCGUCCACGUUCUCAAGCCUCGUGGUCAUCGCGAUGGUUCCGGGACUUCUCACUCUGUCCUAAAACAGUGGGAUCUGUGGGGACCGCUUAUUCUCUGUCUCUUCCUCUCCGUGAUUCUGUACAUUCAGGCGUCUUGGUCUCCCGUAUUCGCCUCCGAGUCUUCUCAGCUGUCGCCCGACGCGCAACAUGCCCAGACGCGAGAGCGACAGCGAAUCGCAUUUUCGCUCGUUUACGUCUUCGUCUCUCUCGGCGCGAGUGUCGUGACAGUCAACGCCAAGCUGCUCGGCAGCAAAAUUUCCUUCUUCCAGAGCGUCUGCGUGCUGGGGUACUGCCUGUUUCCCCUCGACAUCGCCGCUUUUCUGAAUCUGUUCGUCCCGCGUUCUUUCACCUUUCUCAAGCUGCUCGUCGCCUUUUUGGCUCUGCGGUGGUCUGCGGGAGCGUCUGUGACCUUCAUGUCUGAGAUGAUUCCAGAAGAAAAGCGAACUCUUGGCGUCUACCCCAUCUGGCUAUUUUACGUCGGCAUGGCCUGGAUCAUUUGCUCGGUUUAGAGAGGGGCAGGACGAAGUUCGUGAAAGCGAAGAGAAGAGCGAGUAACGCGAGAAGUGCCAAGAGAUGUUUUUGAGGAAGACGCGAAAACUGAAGGAGAAAGGACGCACGACUACGUCUGGAGGAGUAGUGAAGCAGAGGGGAAGGAGACGACGCGCGAACACGACCAAGACGACAAGACAGAAGUGGAAGACGAGAGGGCAUCUCCAUGGUGUAGCUCCACUGCUUGUGCAUGUACAAGGAAUGUCAGUGUUUUCGUCGGGAAUGCCUUGUCGUUUUUUCUGAGACGACAAUUGGAAAAAUGUGCUACAGAAUGCAACCUAUAAAGUCAAGAUAUGACGUGAAAGACACCACAUCGCUUUUUCUACAUCAUAUGGGCCAAGAACAUCCUUUCGCGUGGUUCUGUUCUGUUGUUAUUUGCUGUCGGGUUCUUCGAUCGCCCUCCUCUCGCGUCGACGCAGGUUGCAGUUCGCGUCUCUGUUCCUCGGCGCAGACGAAGCGUAAGAGCAUAAUCUACAGACCCAGCAGCAACAGGUAAACGAUUGUUAUUCACACAUACCCGGCAAACAGGUCCUUGUCAAUCUGGGACCUGCAACGUUUACGCAAGCAUCUUGUGUCAUUUUCAGGCGUUCAACCUCUCGUUUUCUGUACGAGCAGGAGUCGUCAAACUCUAGAACAGUCGAGGACCAUCCACACACAGC